AUGGACUCGUACUGCUAUGUGCCGUUUGAAGACGAGCCAGGUUGCGAUCGGUUUCGAGUAGUGACGAUCUUCCCAGGCGCCUCCGACCAGGCGAUCCAGUGCACAUUGGAGCACGUGGCGUUGGGCAAGUCACCCGACUACGAGGCACUGUCCUACGUCUGGGGCAACCCGGAGGACAAGGCCGAUAUCUUCUGCAACGGGCGGCGACUCCAGGUGACGGCCGACCUCCAUGCAGCACUGCAUCACAUCCGUCCGCUUGGGUCAGAGCCCAGGCGUAUCUGGGCUGAUGCAAUCUGCAUUAACCAGCGCGACAAUGACGAGCGGGGACGGCAGGUUCGCAGGAUGAGGGAGAUCUACCCAAAAGCGAGCCGUGUACUCAUCUGGCUGGGCGAGGCUCAUGAUGGGAGUGACGAAGGCCUGGAGGCAGCUCGCGAGAUAGCACAGGCCUGCCGCCAGUACGCGGCAGAGAGAGGAGAUCUCAAGACCAUCAGCUUCUCGGAUGGUCGCGCGAGCAGGCUCUUCGGCAAAUUCAGAGACCCGUCGCAAUUUACAAGACUUGAAGCCUUCUACAGAGUCAUCCGCCGGACUUGGUUCACGCGGGUCUGGGUCAUCCAGGAACUCGCCCUCGCGGCGGAGGCCACCAUACUCUGUGGAAAUACCGUGAUGGACUGGAAGGAUCUAAUGGAUGCGAUUACAGCGCAGGAUCACCUCAAUCUGCACUUGGCCGACCACGAGCGCAACGCGUACAUCUUUAUCCUACAGAAAGCGCGCGAGGAAUGGGCUCAAGGUAUGAAGCUGGGCCUGCUGAGCGUGCUGUUCCGCUAUCGGAUAUUCGACUCCACGGACCCCAGGGACAAGAUAUUUGGUCUGAGCAGCCUGGCACGAGGCAAGCUUGCCGAUAUCCAGGCCCUGCAAGCCGACUACAACAUUGGGACGUUGCAGCUCUAUUGCACGAUAGCCGAAGAGAUCCUCAAGGAGUCGAGGACUCUUCAUCUCUUGUCAGUUCCUAGGCGGUUCGUUGGGAUUGGUCCCCAACACCUACCGUCAUGGGUGCCCGAUUGGACGAACACACGCCUGACCGCGUGUCUGGGACUCUUAAAUUACUCCGAUAUCAACGACCUAGGCUUCGCAGCUACCCGAGCGUCGAAGGCGCAAAUCCGAUUUGACGACGCCACCUCGUCCCUGGCAGUCGAGGGACAUAUCGUUGACCGGAUCCAGGCUGUCGGUUCGGUAUUGAAGGUCGAGGAAGUACCCCGGACAAAUUUCCGGGAGGUUCGUAUACCAAAAUGCUCCUAUGUUCUCGACAACUGGCUUCGAGUCGCAGAGGUCAAGCAGGAGGAGCCCUAUAUCACUGGGGAGCCAAUCAGGGACGCGUUUGCGCAGACAUUGGUGACCGAAUCGACAUCGGAGUCAAUCGAAACACUGCGGGCGCAGUUGGAUAUCCUGGAGAGUUACGCAUCGAUAGCGAGAUGGCUUGGCUCCUUUUCCGAAAGGAAGCCACCCGACACACUUGUCCAACAGGCGGUCACGGCAAUGCAUACUGCUCUGUUCCACAACACCACAGAUCAAUUAACAUUGUAUUUUCGAAUCCAUAUGUCUUCGCUCGCUGAUCGCCGGGUCUUCCGGACAGAGAGGGGUUAUAUAGGGUUAGCAGCUGCUUUGGCAGAGGCAGGAGAAGAGGUCGUAGUGGUCAAAGGUGGAAACGUACCACUCGUUCUGAGGCCCAAGGGCGAGGCUUGGACCUUGCAAGGGGACUACUAUGUCAGGGGGAUCAUGCAGGGCGAGGCGUAUGAUGGAGAACGCUGCGAACUCAUGAGGAUUUCAUAG